AUGGAAUAUCUUUUCAUUCCAACAUCUGUUAAAGAAAUUGGAUUAGGUGCAUUUUUUGAUGCAAAUAUUUCAAAAAUAGAAUUUGCAUCUGAUUCUCAAUUGAAAGUAAUCAUCUCCAAUUCUUUUUCAUAUACACAUUUAAAAGAAAUAAUUUUAUCAAGCAACUUAGAAGAAAUAGAAAAAGAAGGGCUUGCCUAUAAUUUGGAAUUAUCAAAUAUUACAUUUUUACAUCCAAAAACAAAAACAUUAACAAUAAAAACAGAGGCUAUUGUUCAACCAGCAAUCAAAUCCAUAUAUUUUCCUCAGCAUAUAAUUAUUCAAUCUAAGGGAAUUUUUGCUGCAGCUGAUUUGGAAGAAGUUAUUAUAUCAGAAGAUGUUAAUUUAUCAAUAAAUUGUUUUUCUGGAUGUCCAAAUAUCAUUUGCUUCAAUAUAUCCAAUUCAAAGUAUAAUUUUAGCAAUGGUUUUCUUGUUAAUGAAGAUCAAUUGAUUUAUGUCAGUAAGAAUUCUGGUGAAAGUUGUUCUAUAACAGGAGAUUACGAAAUACCAAAUCCAGCAUUUCAAUAUUCAGAAAAUUUAAAAAUAUUAACAAUCUCUGAAGAAACUGAUAACUAUUAUUCAGAUAGCCAUGUAAUAUAUUCGAAAAAUAAAUCUGAAGUUAUAUGUGCAGCUGGAUGA